UUAAAAAAUGGGGAAGACUCGCCAAGGAUAGUAUUUGGUAGACAUCAAGUCAAACGCAGAAGAUAAGAAGAAAAAUGAUGGAAAAGAAAUGCAGUUAGAGAUGAGUCGAGCUGAAUUGAUAAAGCAAUGCGAUGCCAAAAUAGCUCGACGUCAUUUGAAGGCCAAGCAACGAGAAAUCUGCGAGAAGGAAAAAUUAUUACAUGCACAAAAACUUAUUGAUCUGAAACAAAGGGAAAUUGAAGUGACUAAUAGAUUGGCUGCUGAAUUAUCGCUGCGUAAAAACGAAGAAAUAAAACGCGGGAUAAAAUUAAGUCGAGCAAAAUCCUUCCCGCAAUCGUUAUCGGAUUGUGCUCUAAAGGAAGCUCGAUCACGUCUGAUAGAGAAAAAAGUUAAUUUUGAAGCGAGCCAGGCAAAAUUAAUCCAACUCUUGCAUCAAGACAAAACCGUUGAAAAAUUGCAACAAGCUGAACAAGAGAAAAAAAAGCGGAAUUUGCGCACUGAUCUACAAAGACAAAUAAUGAACAAUCAUCGACGUAUGGAAGAGAAAAGAAAUAAAGAGAAAGAGCUAGAUCGCAAAAUGAUAGAGCAGACGAUGCAAAAAAUACAGGAAGAAGAUGCAAGAAUAAAAAAGAAGAAAGCUAACGAUAUGAUUCUUCUGAGAAAAGAGUUGACCGCAUCUUUAGCAGCUAAGGAUGCGUGGGAAAAGAAGUAUAAAAAAGCAUUAAAGGAUGAAGACGAGAAGAUAUCUCGUACAGUCGCGGAGAAGGAAGCUCGACAGGAAAAAUUGCUCGAUAUGAAGACAGAAUUUCGCGAGAUGAAGGAAGCAGCGAUAGAUAAAGUAGCUAAAAAACUGCUAGAUAACAUGUGUAAGAAAAGAAGAAAUGAUUAAUUAAUAAUGAUUAAAGAACAAAUUAAUGAACAAUAAAUUUACGAUCGAUUAAUAAAAGAAAAAUGUCUUUGAGAAAGAGUAUUGCACAUGAAAUUUCUCCAGUACAUUUCACAUUUCAUCUAGCGUUUAUUAGUAUACAGGUAUGUACACAUCGCGUUACUCUCCACGCGAAUUUCUGUUAUAUUUGUACAAAGUCCGUGUAAAAAUACAGCAGCCCCAUCUUAUAUCAAUUACAAGUUUAUGGUUUUUUUCUUACGCGAUAAAAGUUAAAAUAAAAUAACAGUCUCGCCUAUCGGACGUAUCUAAUAUUCCGAAUAGGUUCGGAUCGAGACCACUUGUGCCCUCGACUUUGUCGAUCCGAGUGUGUCGUGUCAUUUGGCAUGCGGAGGUUUUCCCUCCCGCUACUGCUAACUAUUAAAUGGAAUAAGAAGCACUCGAGUUUAACGGGAAUGAUUAUAGUAUAUAAGUACGAACAAUCAAUUUGUCUUCGAUUACUGUCUAGUCACCAUAGUCGUUCAGCGCUCUAAUCAUUUGCAGAUCAAAAAUACAAUGUUUACUGCUACAAUUACUGGACUACUUUUUCAAAGUCAUACGAUAAAUAUGCACACACACAAAAAAAGAUUUCACGCCACAUGGCAAUAUCAAUAGUUCUUCUUGCUAGAUGAUUUACAUGAUCUUCAAUCCCAAUAUAUUGUAAAAGCUUAAAGAAAUCCUUGUAAAAAUUCUUGCUUUGAAAAAUACAACAAACAAAUAAAAUACAACAAUACAAAUUGAAAGAAAUUUAAUUUCCAUUUAAAAUUUCAACCUUAUUUCUUUCUAUUCUCACAUUUUAGAAAAUUCAAGUAAAAAUCAAAUCCCUUUCGAUGUGUGUUUUCUCUCUCCUUAAUAUAUACUUUUUGAUUUUCUCGUUGAUUUUUCCUUAACAAUACUAUCAUGUUCUAUUGACUUAGCAGUGUUAAGUGAAAUAUCUUCAAUUAAAUGAGCGAUUCAAUUUGUCAAAUAAAAAAUAGAAUUGUGCAAGUCUUAUGCUAGAGAAAAUGUGCUUAAAUAAAAUAAAUAAAAAUAUUUAAUAUUAAUUAAAAUACAUCUUUUUAGAAAAUAAUGCAAACCUGAUACCUCUAACAAUAAGAUAUGACUGAUGCCUAUUUUUCAUUUAAAACUCUCUUCAGUAAAUACUUCAGGUUUUGCUUUGAUUUUGCUAUAAAUUGAUUACUUUCUCGAUUUGUGCUUAUUAAUUAAUUUUGCACUAAUCAGAACUCGCCGCAAUUUAGGACGAAAUUAGAGAUCCAAAUGGGGCAAAAUCUUUCCCAUAUGUAUGCGUUUUCCAUCGCACUCGUCAAAUUUACGUAGAAAAUUGUUUAAUCGCGUCUACAGAUUUGAUUCAUUUUGUCGCGACUGAAUCUCUCAGUGGACAGACUAUACAAAGGUAACAGCUACAAUUUAUCAUCUACACAUUACUGAAUCCGAAUAACUCAUCUUUUUUGUUAUCUAUUUGUUGAUUCUACGUCCAAGCUAUUUUCUCUCUUGUUCUCCCACUUCUUCCUUUUCUUUCUUUUUUGCUUCGUUAUUCGUUACAACGCAAACCUUACAACCAAAGCGGAAUACAUUUCUCUAGUUAUUCGUACAAUGUAUAUAAGUAUGUAUCACAAUAAAGGUACAUAUAUAUUUAUAUAUGGAUAUAGAUGCAAAAGUUAACAAAAUGCAAAGUUAACGAAUAUUCGAAUUAAACGCUCGUUACGUUUAAUUAAGUAAUACACAGCAGUUUUUUGCGCAGCGACUAGGCACAAAAAGCGAAUCGCGCCAUUGAAUUAUAAUCGGCUAAAAAUUCGGAAUUAAAAUCAAAAUUUCUAUGAGCUCAAAUUUAAAUGGAAUACAUGAAGACAUAUGUCAUGUAAAAAAAGAUUUUUUUUCCUUUCUUUUUUCUUUCUGACAUAGACAAAUACAUAUGCUAAUAGUUAAUUUUCUCUAGCCAUUGAGAAUUAGAAAUACUUUAUUCAAAAUUAAGAUAUGUUAAAAUAAGUUACAUAAAAACUUGAAAAUGAGAAAUGUCAAGAACUUCGAAUCUAAUCUUUAUCUCGGAAAGAAUAUAUUCAAUUUUGUGAAGUAAAUUUUUUUCGAUUUAAUUCAAUUUUUACUAUGACAACAUCGAGAAUUUAUUGUUUGAUUAU